AUGGCAGCUGAGCGGAGCCGCAAGAGGCUCCUGGUGGAGCUGACGGUGGACGAGUUCCUAGCUUCGGGCUUUGACUCCGAGUCUGAAUCCGAGUCCGAAUCCGAGUCCGAAAACUCCCCAGAAGCGGAGACGCGGGAGGCACGCGAGGCUGCCUGGAGUCCGGAUGAGCCGGGCGGGAGCCCCUCGGCCAGCCGGCGUAAAGGCCGUGCUUCUGAGCACAAAGAUCAGCUCUCUCAGCUGAAGGACAGAGACCCCGAGUUCUACAAGUUCCUGCAGGAGAAUGACCAGAGCCUGCUAAACUUCAGCGACUCGGACAGCUCUGAGGAGGAAGAGGAGCCGUUCCACUCCCUGCCAGAUGUGCUGGAGGAAGCCAGUGAGGAGGAGGAUGGAGCGGAGGAGGGGGAAGAUGGGGACAGAGUCCCCAGAGGGCUGAAGGGGAAGAAGAAUUGUGUUCCUGUGACCCUCGCCAUGGUUGAGAGAUGGAAGCAGGCAGCAAAGCAACGCUUCAUUCCAAAGCUGUUCCAUGAAGUGGUACAGGCGUUCCAAGCAGCUGUGGCCACCACCCAAGGGGACCAGGAAAGUGCUGAGGCCAACAAAUUCCAGGUCAUGGACAAUGCUGUGUUCAAUGCUCUGGUCACCUUCUGCAUCAGAGACCUUAUUGGCUGUCUCCAGAAGCUGCUGUUUGGAAAGGCGGCAAAGGACAGCAGCAGGAUGCUGCAGCCGUCCAGCAGCCCACUCUGGGGGAAGCUCCGUGUGGACAUCAAAGCGUACCUGGGCUCGGUCAUACAGCUGGUGUCCUGUCUGGCGGAGACGACGGUGUUGGCAGCCGUGCUGAGGCACGUCAGCAUGCUGGUGCCUUGCUUCCUGACCUUCCCCAAGCAGUGCCGCAUGCUGCUCAAGAGAAUGGUGGUCGUAUGGAGCACAGGGGAGGAGUCCCUGCGGGUGCUGGCUUUCCUGGUCCUCAGCAGAGUCUGCUGGCACAAGAAGGACACUUUCCUUGGCCCCGUCCUCAAGCAAAUGUAUAUCAUGUAUGUGAGGAUCUGCAAGUUCACCUCGCCUGGUGCCCUCCCCUUCAUCAGUUUCAUGCAGCGGACCCUGACAGAGCUGCUGGCCCUGGAGCCAGGUGUGGCCUACCAGCACACCUUCUUCUACAUCCGCCAGCUCGCCAUACACCUGUGCAACGCCAUGACCACCUGCAAGAAGGAAAUGUACCAGUCUGUGUACAACUGGCAGUAUGUGCACUGCCUCUUCCUGUGGUGCCGGGUCCUGAGCACUGCGGGCCCCAGUGAAGCCCUCCAGCCCUUGGUCUACCCCCUUGCACAGGUCAUCAUUGGCUGUAUCAAGCUCAUCCCCACUGCCUGCUUCUACCCACUGCGAAUGCACUGCAUCCGUGCCCUGACGCUGCUCUCGGGGAGCUCGGAGGCCUUCAUCCCAAGGCUGCCUUUCAUCCUGGAGAUAUUCCGGCAGGUCGACUUCAACAGGAAGCCGGGGCACAUGAGCUCCAAGCCCAUCAACUUCUCCGUGAUCCUGAAGCUGUCCAGUGUCAACCUGCAGGAGAAGGCGUACCGGGACGGCCUGGUGGAGCAGCUGUACGACCCCACCCUGGAGUACCUGCACAGCCAGGCACACUGCGUCGGUUUCCCGGAGCUGGCGCUGCCUGUGGUCCUGAAGCUGAAGUCGUUCCUCCGGGAGUGCAAGGUGGUCAACUAGUGCCGGCAGGUGCAGCAGCUGCUUGGGAAGGUUCAGGAGAACUCGGAACACAUCUGCAGCCGCUGCCAGAGAGUUUCCUUCGGCGUCUCUGACCAGCAGGCAGUGGAAGCCUGGGAGAAGCUGACCCGGGAAGAGGGGACCCCCCUGACCUUGUACUACAGCCACUGGCGCAAGCUGCAUGACCGGGAGAUCCAGCUGGAGAUCAGUGGCAAAGAGCGGCUGGAAGACCUGAACUUCCGUGAGGUCAAACGAAGGAAGGUGGCUGACAGGAAGGAUGAGGACAGGAAGCAAUUUAAAGACCUUUUUGACCUGAACAGCUCUGAAGAGGAUGACACGGAGGGAUUCUUGGAGAGAGGGAUACUGGGGCCCAUGAGCACUCGGCAUGGGGUGGAAGAGGAUGAAGAGGACGAGGAGGAGGGCGAGGAGGACAGCAGCAAGUCGGAGGAUGGAGACCCAGACGCAGAGGCAGGGCUGGCCUCUGGGGAGCUGCAGCGGCUAGCCCAGGGGCUGGAGGACGACCUGGAGGAUCUGCAGCUCUCAGAGGAGGACUGAAGCAGCCCAUCUGAGGGGCCUGUAGGGGCUGCCAGGCUGGUGGCCAGUGUUUCCACCUCUCUGGCAGUCAGGCCUAGAGGCUGGCAUCUGUGCAGUUGGGGGAGGCAGUAGACAGGGGACAGGCUUUAUUAUUUAUUUUUCAGCAUGAAAGACCAAACAUACCGAGAGCUGGGCUGGGCUGGGCUGGCGUGGCUGCUGAAGCCCCACAGCUGUGGGCUGUUGAAGUCAGCUCCGGGGGAGCUGACCUUGACGUCAGCAGACCGAGACCAGUCCCACUUCCAGGGGGAGGCCUGCAGGUCCCUGGCCCCUUCCAUCACCUCUGCCUUCCCUCUGCAGACCUCGUCCAUCCGCACCAGGCUCUGCAUUCACUGCCCGAAAUCUUUGGAAAUUUGUUCCUU